GACGCUAGGGUGCCCGAGGCGGCGGAGCUCUCGCGAGUGGAACCGCGUCGGCGGCCUAGAGGCGGGGUGGGGGCUCCCCCUUGAGCUUUCCCGGCGGCUCUCAGCCUCGCAGUGCACGCGCCCACCUGCUCGCGCUCCCAGUCCCGGGCGCUGCCGGAAUAAUGCUGUCAGCAUGUCUGCACAUUCCAUGCUCUGUGAACGAAUCACCAUAGCCAAGGAACUGAUAAAGAGAGCAGAAUCCCUUUCCAGAUCAAGAAAAGGUGGCAUAGAAGGUAGUGCCAAGCUGUGCAGCAAAUUGAAGGCAGAAUUAAAAUUCUUACAAAAAGUAGAAGCCGGGAAAGUAGCUAUUAAGGAAUCCCAUUUACAGAGCACUAAUCUAACACAUCUAAGAGCCAUUGUGGAAUCAGCAGAAAACCUGGAAGAAGUUGUUAGUGUUCUUCAUGUCUUUGGUUACACGGAUACCUUGGGAGAAAAGCAGACCCUUGUGGUGGAUGUAGUUGCAAAUGGUGGUCAUACUUGGGUGAAAGCCAUUGGCCGAAAGGCUGAAGCUCUGCAUAACAUUUGGCUGGGUAGGGGCCAAUAUGGUGACAAAAGCAUCAUUGAGCAAGCAGAAGACUUCCUCCAGGCCAGUCACCAGCAGCCAGUGCAGUAUAGCAACCCUCACAUCAUCUUUGCCUUCUACAAUGGUGUCUCCAGUCCCAUGGCAGAGAAGCUGCAAGAAAUGGGCAUAUCUGUGAGAGGAGACAUAGUAGCAGUUAACUCACUGUUAGAUCACCCUGAAGAGCUCCAAAUGAGUGACAGUGAAUCGGAUGAUGAGGGCCCUGAACUUUUGCAGGUGACCAGAGUGGACCGAGAAAACAUACUAGCAAGUGUUGCAUUUCCAACGGAGAUUAAGGUUGAUGUGUGCAAAAGGAUAAAUCUGGACAUUACUACUUUAAUCACAUAUGUCUCUGCCCUCAGCUAUGGAGGCUGCCACUUUAUCUUCAAAGAAAAAGUGCUCACAGAACAAGCAGAACAAGAGAGGAAAGAGCAGGUUCUACCUCAGCUGGAGGCAUUUAUGAAGGACAAGGAGUUGUUUGCUUGUGAAUCUGCUGUCAGGGAUUUUCAGUCUAUUCUAGAUACCUUAGGAGGUCCUGGGGAGAGAGAGAGGGCCACUAUGCUAAUUAAGCGAAUUAAUGUGGUGCCAGACCAGCCUUCCGAGCGUGCCUUGAGACUAGUAGCUAGUUCAAAAAUCAAUAGCCGUUCUUUAACCAUUUUUGGGACUGGGGACACCCUAAAAGCCAUCACAAUGACUGCUAAUAGUGGUUUUGUCAGAGCGGCAAACAACCAGGGUGUUAAAUUUAGUGUGUUUAUCCAUCAGCCCAGAGCACUUACUGAGAGCAAAGAGGUUCUAGCCACCCCCUUACCAAAAGACUACACAAGUGGCUAUGAACACUAAUGGUAUCCUGUAAAUAUUGUCAUGGAAAUAAGUUAUUUACACCAAAGGUUGGCUCUUCCCAUCUAAAUUGGAAACAAUAAUAAUUAAAAAAAAAAAAAAAAUGGUCUGUAGUAAAAAUAAUUACUUACAACUCUAAAACUAGUAAGAGUUUUUGUUUAUCUCAUUUAUAUUUAAAAGUGUAUAACCUCCUAAAGGUAGAAAAAGCACAAGAGACAACAUUAUUUAUCAAACUAUGUUAUAACAGUUAAGAGCAAAAAUACAUCUAUCUAAGGCUUUUAGCUGUUUUGCAGUUGUUUUGUUUAAUUCCAUAGGGCUAUAACCCUUCCAAUUAGGUAUUCACAUUUCAUGGAAUAUGGCUGCACUGCAUCUUGUUUUAAAUAUCUAGAGAAAACUGAUACUUGUUUUUCAUUGUAUUGGUUUAUCAGUUGAUCUGGGUUGAGGCUGAGAGGUAAUAGUUCAUAGUUAAUUUUAGGUUCUAAAAUUAAUGGCUGUUAACACUGAAACAGUUUAAUUUGAGCAUCAAAUUCAGUCUAGUGGGUAUAUUUACAAAGAAUCUCUAAUGCAGAAGAAAUUAAAUUGAAUUCUGACUAUGUGAGUCCCAUGAAUCUAUUGAUACAACUUUGUGAAAAGAAAGACAGCUAACAACCUUACUACUAUAAAAUAAACCCAGAACACCUAAGGGAAAAUACUAACUUGAAUAAAUUGAAAAAGUGAAUUAUAUACAAUUUUUAAAAAAAUUUAGAUGUUAUUUUUAAGUACAAACAGUGCCCAUAUUGCAAGUAUUUCAAUAGUGAAUGCUCCUUUUUCUGUUCCUUUUGCAAGUGGAAAGUGAUAACCAGGCAUUACCUCACUCUGGUGAAAUGGUGACAGGAGCGAUUCCAUGCCUGUCACAUGACACAGUCCUAAUAAAAAUAAAUUUUUAUGCCCACAUCGCGCCAGGUGCUUUAUUUUACCAAUUUACAGCAAAGCAAAGCAAAAAUCAGCAAAGUAGAUACGUAUUCACCGUAUUUUACAAAUUGGGAAACUGAGUGUUAGAGAUUAAGUACUGUGCUUUUGUGUCACCAGAACCUGACCUCAGAAAGACUUGACAAAUUUCCUCUUGUGGAAAGGGAAGUCCAUUCCCAGCCUUCAUGUUUGGUAGGAGGUGGUAUUUGAUUACAAGUCUGAAUUAGGAUAUUCUUAAACUGGGCUCCAUGAACACUGAAAUAAAGCACAGAAGUAAGUGUGUGGGACAUUUCUUGGGAGAGAUUCUAUUACUAACUUAGGACACAUUUAUUAGGGGAAAAAAUCUGUGGUUGGGGUUCCAGUUUAGUGCAAAGAGAUAUUUUACUUGUUUCACAGCUGAAAUAGUCUAGUGUUAGAAAUCGAAGUUGGGUUUUUUGAGCACCGAUUAAAUACCAAGCAUAUUGUAAUAGUUUGGUAUGGAAAGAUGAAUUCUUCAUCUUAGUCGAGUGGAGAUUAACAACUGAAGUGCAAUGUCUGAAGUGCAAUGUCAUAAAUUCUUGAAAAGAGUUAUGUUUACAGUACUUUGGGAACACAGUAAGGGAGUAAUUCUUGCUAUGGGACCAGGAAGUCAGAGAGGAAGUAAUAUUUGAGGGUCUUGGGUGUGAGAUUUUGCAAGGUAUGUAAGAGAAGGGGGUACUCUAGUACAGGGAAUGGGAUUGGGCAGGUAGAGAAAUGUGAAUGUGAGGGUGUGUUCAGGGAACAGGCUCAAGUGGACUGUUUAUAAAACAAGGUGAAGCUAGUAGGAAAGUAGAUGAAGUUCUCUGAAGAGUUUGGCAUUAAGAGAGCAAUUGCACUUUCUAAGGAAGGCUGGGUCAUGAUCAGAUCUCUUAGGGAAGCCAUCAACAAAAAUCUCCUGUAGCGUGGAGGAAGAAUUAAAGGAAGGGAAGAUGGAGCAAUAAUGGCCUCAGCAAGGACAGUGAUAAAGGAAUAUAGGGUCAUGGGUGUAUGCUGGAUUUGAGGCAGAAUCGGCAUGAUAUUCGUUCGUUCACUUAGUUAGUAGUGCCUAUUAAGUGCCAGAAACAGUACGAAGGACUGGGAUAUAAAGAAAAGGUUUGCUUUCAGGGAAUAGCAGAAAGAAGGUAGGUUUCUGUGCUUGCCCAUUAUAAAUUGAUACUGGAAUCUUUGCCAGCUAGAAAGCGGGACAGCCACAACACUUCUCUGAGGGGAAUUGUGUUCUGAAGAGGGCACGGCUGUGUCCCACCAAAACCAUUCUCUGUUUCCAACCAUUCAGUGUUCACAAUUCCUAAGAACAUAAUUAAUACAAGUGGUAGAUGUGGACAAGUAAUGGGGCAAUGCAUCCUGGAAUGUAAAGUAAGAAAUAGUACACACACACACACCGAAGACCUUCUCUUAUUUACUAAAAGAUAAAUUAAUAAAGGUAAAAUAUGAGGGAAGUCAUUAUAAAAGAAAUGUCCCUCAAGUAUUAAAUGCCAGUUAAAAAUUGGCAAGUCAAAGGAAUCAUAAUAGUUAUGAAGCAAAGCAAAUGUUCAAAAAAAUUAUGCAAAAAGAUAGGUAAUGUAAAUAAUAUACUAUGAUUAUGAUGCGGAAUUGGAAGGCAUAGGAAUGGGGAAAAAUAAAAACAUGUUAAAAUCCUCAUCUUAUUUAGAAGGGAGUUGACAGCAACUUUCUAAUUUUUUUACCUUUGAAAAUAGAGUGUAUAGUUCUGGGUAAAAAACAGGAAAUGUAACUAUUAAUAUAAAUUAAACCAAGUUGAAUAACUUCCUAAUAAAGAGAGAGGAUAAAGAAUGACUGUAGUCCAUAUAGGAAAAGACAAAAGAAUUAUCAAGGAAGCGUAAAAAAAAGCAUAAAGUAGGAGAGGUGUAAGAACAAGAAGGCUAUAAAAACGGCUUUGGAGAAGAAUUAAUUGAAGGGAAAUUAUACACUAUUUUAUGUAAAUUUGGAAAUCUCAUUGAAACAGAUUUCUUAGGAAAUAUAAAUUAGAACUGAAGAAAUCAAAGCCUAAAUAAUCAAUAAUCAUUGAAAAAAUUGUUUUUAAGUGGUCCAGUAAUUUUCUCCAAAAAGUGUCCAGCUCCAGAUAGCUUUAUUAGAUCAGUUUUUUUCUUCCUUUAAAAUAUAAUUCCCUUGCUCAUUCCCAUGUAAACAGAACCUAUCUUCCCCAUCUAUGUUCUGAAAUAGAGAGAGAGAGAAUUCAAAGUGGUUAGAUGGAGGCUAAAAUACUACCUGUAACAAAACAUUGAAUACAACUAUGUUGGAGGGCGUGGUUUAUGUCUGCAGUUACAGGUAGUGUUGGGGUGUUGGGGUGGAUGAAGAGGAGAGUUUAUCCCCAAAAGAACUGCAGAGAACACCUCUCUUGUGGGAAGUCUGUUCCCAAGAAGAAAUAGGGCAAAGCUGAGCCACUCUAGACUUGGCUCUCAAAUUUAGGAAUUAAGUAGAUGAUCUUUCCUGAAGCAGAUAAGGACCAGGAGUAUGCUCGGGGUGAAAGAAAGCCCUCUAUCACAGAGACAAUGUGGGGAAAAAGGCGUUUCCCUCUCCAUGGAAAUGUAAAAUCAUUAAAGGAGAUACACUAAGGUACAGAAACCGUAAGGAAGGAAUACAAGCAAAUAGGACUUCUGGAAAUGAAAAAAAACUCUCACUGAAAUUAAAAGCUCAAAAAUAAACUUUUUUAAAAAGUAGGCAAAACUGAAGAGAAAAUAUCUGAACUAAAAUAUAAAUCUUAAUAAAUACCCCAGAAUUUAGCAAAGGAGUAAAAAGAUGGAAAAUGUGAAAGAGAAAUUGAGACAGGAGUGGCCAUCUUCCUUGCCAAGGAGACACAAGUGGACGUCUAUUAGUACUGCCUCCUCUUCCUGCCACCUCCCGCCUGAUUUUCAUGUGCACAAUGUCUGUGGCUUGCAACCAUUUUAUGAGGAUGAGAGGCCAACAGAAUCUCACAGACAUGGUGCUGAUUUUAUGCUUCCCUCAGGACUUCUUGCUGUGUGAGAAAAUAAAAUCCUACUUGUUUAUGCCACUGUUGUGGGCUUUUCCAUUACAUGUAGUUGAAAAUGCUUCUAACUCAUAUUAGGUUUAUUUGUUCCAAAAAGAGGGGAUAGACAAAAUGGGGG